AUGUCCCGAUUAGUGAAAACACCAGUUAAUCAAAUUCUGCAUACGAACGUAGCAGUAGUACGGAUGAAGAUACAAAAAGCAGUUUUUGAAAUUGCUUGCUACAAGAACAAAGUCAUGUCUUGGCGAAAAGGUAUUGAAAAAGAUUUGGAUGAAGUGGUACAAAUUGAUACCGUCUUUACAAAUGUUUCAAAAGGAGAGGCUGCUAAAAAGAGUGAUCUCUUGAAAUAUUUCAACACUUCGGAUACAAGAGAAGUUUGUAAAAUUAUUUUGCGAGAAGGUGAAUUGCAAGUGAGUCCUAAAGAGAGAGAAUUAAUGUAUGAAUCCAUGUUUAAAGAUAUCGUUACGAUCAUCACCAACAAGUGUAUCAAUCCCGAUACGCAAAGACCAUAUCCUGGAGGAGUUAUUGAAAGAGCGCUCAAGGAACAAAUUCACUUCUCAGUCAAACCAAGUAAAGGUACCAAACAACAAGCAUUGGAAGCAAUUAGAAAAUUGAAAAAGAAAAUUCCAAUUGAAAGAGCAAACAUGCGUUUAAAAUGUACAUUGUCUGGAAAGGAAAAUGUUAGAAAAUUGAGACAACUUUUCAAAAAUGCUAACAAGGAAGAGGAACAAGUGAAAAUUGAACAAGAUGAUUAUGAUCAGGAUAGUGAGACUGCCAAUAUUGUUUGCCUUGUAGAUCCAGGUCUUUAUCGAGACAUUUUUGACUUGAUUCAAGAGGAUGGAGAAGUUCAAGUUUUGGAUACUUCUGUUUCUGAGGAAGGCGACACUACAAUUGACGAAAUUGAAGAGGCAGAAGAAAAUAAGGCUGAAAUUCAAGAGGAAAGUUCAGAAGCUGUUGAAGAAGAUCAUGAUGACGAGGAAAGCAAAACUAUUUCUAAGAAAUCUAAAAAGAAAGAAUCUGCUGUAGAGGGUGACAAGUCAAAAAAGUCGAAAAAAGAAAAGAAAUCCAAAGAAACAAGUUCUCAAAAUGAAAUGGCUAGCGACGAGGAAGAAAAGACCACAAAGAAAACCAAGAAAAAGCCUAAAUCACAAAAACCAGCAAGCGACGAAGAAUUAGAAGAAACCAAGAAUGUAAAUAAUGAGACUGACGAAGAAAAGGAACCCUCAUCUGUAACAAGGCCAAAUAAGAAAGACAAAAAGAAGGCUAAAAAGAAUAAGAAUCAAAAUAACGACAAUUCAGAUGAUGAAAAGCCACCAAAGAAAGAAGAUGUAGAUGACACUCAACCAAAAAGGCCAAGCAAAAAGGAGUUAAAAAAGGCAAAGAAAAAUAAGCAAGCCUUAAAAGAAGAAGAAAUUUCAGAAGAAGAAGACAAUGAUGAUACAGAAACCAAUGAAGAAAUUCCAAAAACAAAACCCACGAGAAAAGAACGAAAACAAAAGAAAGGCAAUCAGAAGAAUGUGGAAACUGACGAAUAA